CUACUAGCUGCUUUUUUUUUCUUUUCUUUUAAUUGUGUUCCCAAAGCUGCCCAGACAGACAACCUGCAGGCUUAGCUCUCAGUCGCAGUCUCUCUCUCUCUCUCUCUCUCCCCCACUCUUUUUUGGAUUUACUCUUUCUGAAUUUUCUAGGGUUCUUCUUUACUUUUUCCAUUUGCAAGUGUCUUGUCCCACAGUGCCCUGCUGCCCAAACAUGGAUUUGAUAUUUUGAUUCAUAUUCCAUGCUGAUGCAUAUAUUUUCCGUUGAAGAAUUUUAUCUUUUUAUAGGAAACAUUCAAAUUAGAAGAUAGGAGUAGUAGGGUAAAAAGUUAUUUGUAUUAGUUUUUUUAAUCUAUUUACUUAUGUGCCUUGAAAUGGGGAUAUGUCCGUGUUUGUCGUCUUUCCUUAGAUAUGUCAAUCAAGAAAAUAAUUAAUUAUAGGAAAUAUUGUUAAAAUUCAAAGAAUUUCCAAAGAGCAAUAAUAAUGUUGAAAAGCAGCAGAGCAUUAUUGAUAGAUAGAAAUAUAAUUAUAUAAACAUGGUACACAUCUUUUCAAGAAAUGUGUAGAGAUAUCUAUAUUUUCAUAACAACCACCAAUAUAUAAAUAGAUAGUCAGUUUAUGUCGACUGCGAAGUUGCUGUAAAAAAGCGGUUUUAACUUUCUCUGAACACCAAACUCAGUUUUACUACAAAGUCUCUUUCUCUCUCUCUCUCUCUGAAACAAACUGACUGACUUCCAUGGAUUUCAAUCUGAAGCAAUGGAGAGAUGAGUCAGAACAUGAAACAUCAGCAAAGCUACCAAAACUGAACUCAUCAUCAUCUCCACUCCCCUUGUUUGUUCCUCUCUCCUCAACCGCCACCAAACUCCCCACUCCCGCAGGAAUGGGGGGUGGGACCUACUUCAGCUCCGCCCAGUGGCAGGAGCUUGAGCUUCAAGCUCUCAUAUUCAGACACAUCAUGGGUGGCGCCGCCGUUCCGCCGGAGCUCCUCCAUCUUGUCAAGAAGAGCCUCGUCGGCUCUCCUGCCUAUUACUUGUGCAACCCUCUCCAUUACUACCACCCUUCUUCUUUGGGGUAUUGGGGGAAAGCAGCAAUGGAUCCUGAGCCGGGGAGGUGCCGGCGGACCGACGGCAAGAAGUGGCGCUGCUCCAGGGAUGUGGUGGCGGCGCAGAAGUACUGCGAGCGCCACAUGCACCGCGGCAAGAACCGUUCAAGAAAGCCUGUGGAAAUUCCCACAGCCACCGCCCCUCGUUUUAGCCUUUCGGGGCCUUUAACCUAUGUGGACCUUCACCACCAUAAUCACAACCCAAGGCCUAUGGAGUCCAUACCCGAGACUAAGUGCCCAUCUCAACCUCAAAACGACGCCGGAGAUCCCACGCUUCGACAUUUCUUCCACGAUUGGCCUAGAUCACUUGAUCAGGCGGCGGACGAUGCCGCUACUAACUUGUCCAUCUCGACGUCGGACUUCUCCUUGAAGCUUGGCAGUGGCAGUGGUGAUGGCGGUGAAGGUUCAAGGUCUCAAAUGAAUUGGGGCAUGGCGUGGGAGGCGGCUCACCGGUCCGCCCCGAUGGGUGGACCGCUGGCGGAGGCGCUGAGGUCGUCGCUCUCCACAUCGUCGUCGCCCACGAGCGUGCUGCAUCGCUUGCAGAGGACCUCUGCCUCCCACACUAGUUUUGUUACCUCCUAGAUUUCCAACAACUCUACUAACAUGAUGUUUUCCAAUGUUUCCCUACUAAUGGUUUUGGUGUGUUUGCCUUCUUGUGUAAUGCACAAAGAGGUGUUGGUUUUAUCUACAUUACAUGCUACUACCUAACUGUACAUUGGAUCAAUCCAUAUUAUUCAAAUUUGUGUUAAAAA